AUGACCGGUCCCAUCAACGCAAACGGAGCUUCCGACCCGUAUAGGCUGAACAGAGAUGUACUGGCGUCUACACGCCUCAAUCUCCAGCAUUACAUCUGGAAAGAGAGCAUGGGAUAUGUCCUCCAUCCUUCUAUCAAGCUUCCCGAUUCCGACGUAUUCAUUGCCGAUAUAGGCACUGGUACUGGGAUUUGGCUCCACGACUUGUCCCGUCAAUUUCCCAACGCACAGUUCCACGGAUUCGACAUUUCGGAAGAGCAAUACCCAGCUCCAGGCUUCCUGCCGUCGAACGUGCGUCUUAGCUAUCUCGAUAUCUUGAAAGAGAUUCCAUCUGAAUACGUGGGGAAAUAUGACGUUGUCCAUGCGCGACUGCUUGUGCAGGUGGUCAACCAAGCCGGUGGAGACCCUCGACCUCAAUGUAAAGAGCCCGGUGGCUACCUCCAAUGGGAGGAACCCAACGACGACGCCGGCAAUCGAAAGCUAGUGAAAGCCGACCCUUCGAACUCGACCGAGCACACGGAAAAGCUACUCGCAGGGCUCAAUGCGAGAUUCCAAAGCAAGUCUGCUUGGUCUGCCAAUCUCGCAGAAACCUUUACCGAACAAGGAUUGCAAAACGUCCAGAAACAGGAAUUUGAGACUGGCGAUUAUGUCCUGGUCCUUGAUCAGAUGAACUAUCUCAACCUAUUCCAGGAAUUGAUCACCAAGUUGCCUGGUGAUGUGAAGGAAGAGCUCCUUGCUUUGCACAGCAAGGCUAUCGUUGAGUCAAGAAAGGGCGUGGCGUGGAAGGUUCGACGGUUUACUUUCGUGGGCCAGAAGCAAUAG